AAAAGAGGAAGAUCAGGAAGUAAAAUCCGGAACAGGGAAAACUGAAAGAAGGAGGCAGAAAGUUAAAAACAUGCUGUACAGACAAGCUUUGUUACAUAUCUAUUCACAGCGUCUCUAAAUGACAGAAACCGCGUCUUUUAGUCGAGCAUGUUUAACAGAAAUUUCCAGAGCAAAGCUUUUAUGGGCAGGUCGGUUCUGCUCCUGGUCCGGUUUCAUAAACUAAGGGUCCAGAUGUCCUCAGAGGAGAGGAGUCAGCUGAGGCUGACAGAGGAGGAGAGGAGCAUCCACAGAGCCCACAGGGAGGCGUGUGAGGCAAAGAAGCAGAUGUAUGUGGAUCCUUCCAGUGGGUAUAAGGUGUUCACAGAGUAUGCCCACCUUCAGAGAGGGAAAUGCUGCGGCAGCGCCUGCAGACACUGUCCAUAUGGCCAGGUCAACGUGAAGGACCCAGCAAUGAAGAAACGCUUCAACUCCCUGUUUUAUGUAUAGAGCUGUAGCUAGGCAAAGCUGCCACACACACUCCACCGUCUCCGCCUGAUUGGGCGUCGUGAUGAGAGGAUG